AUGGCAAUCUCAAAACCCCUCUUACACUCAUUCUUCGAACGCAUCAAGUAUCCUCAAAGCCAACACCCCAAGGACAAGCUACAAUUCUUAUCUGAGCUACAAAAAUUCUUCAUUGCAAAUAUUCCCUUUGAGACAUUGGCACUGCAUUACUCGGUCGACAAGAAUGUUUCUCUUGAAGUUGCGGACAUAUAUGACAAGAUUGUCGUCAGAAAUCGAGGCGGCUACUGUCACGAACUUAAUACGCUGAUGGGUGCCGUUCUUCGGGCUUUGGGCUUCCACUCAUUUGCUGUGGUUUGUCGGUUUUGGAAUUCGCGUGCAGAGCCACCCCAGUAUCGACCCAUAAGCCACAUGGCAAACAUAGUGACGAUUGACGGAAUGAAAUAUCUAGUUGACGUUGGCUGUGGCAUCCAAGGACCAUGCCGUCCGCUCCCUCUCGUCGCAUCUACGCCAUCUCCCGGCUUACCAUCCCAGGAACUGAAACUAGAGUACAGAAACCUCUCACGACAUUUGGAUGAGAAUCAGCGUGUAUGGGUCUACUAUCAGCGUUGGGGACAAGGCCCUUGGGAGGAAAUCUACAACUUUGCUGAAACGGAGUUCUUCCCCGCCGAUUUUGAAAUAUUGAAUUACUACACCAUCAAAUGCAGCCCGUUUAGUCGAAUGGUCCUGGUGCAGAAAUUCCUGAAAGAUGACGAAACGGAUGGUUUGUACGGCACUCUGGUACUACUCGACGACAAGUUGAACCAGAAGACUGAGGCGGGGGAAGUGCUCGUUGCGACACUAAACUCUGAGGAAGACAGGGUUGCGGCCUUUUCAGAAUACUUUUCCAUCCAGCUUACGAUGGAAGAAAGAAACGCUAUUACCACACCGAUUCAUCAUGUUGCCAAAUAG